AAGUAGCCAUUCUGGCUCAAGCUCCAGGGACGCCGGUCCCUGGCUCUCCAGUUCCGGCCGCGCGCGGUGGCCAGGCGUGCUCCGGGUUCCCGCCUGCUCGGCGUGGGUUCCAUGCCGAGCCCAUGGUGCGCGGAAGCGCGGGAGGCCCCCGAGGCCCCAGAGCAGACGGCUGCCGCCGGCCUGCGGGCCGAAGAGGCGGUAGCCUGGCUCCGGUGGCGGCUUGACGCCGAGCGCCAGGAGCUGCUGGGGCGCCACGGUGCGCUGCUCACGGGCCUCGCCCAAGUCCUCGGGCAGGACGCCCGCACCGAGGGCGCUGCGGCCGCGGCGUCGCCGGCACAGUCCGGGGUCGGCGCAGCCAUGGGCCGCGAGGAGGAGGUCCCAGCGGUCGUCGCCUGCGGUGUGAGGGCCAGCACGCUCAGCAGGCCAGGAGGAGACCCCCCGCGGCUGCUGCCAUGGACCACGGCAGACGGCAGCCGCCUGGGCCUGGCUGAGAGCUCGGGCGCGAGGAGCACCGCGGAGCUCACCUCGAUCGCCCUGCGAGAGCGCGGGCUGGACACGAGCGCGUCCCCCUCGAUGGUGCCGGCCAGCUCAAACGGCGGCAGCAGCACGAGGUCAAAGGAGGUCACCCAGAUGAGGACCACGGCAGAGAUCACUAGUCACACAUUGCGAGACCGCGGGUUAAAUUCGGCUCUCGACAGGAUCAACAGGCAGGUUCGCAUCUCGCAGCAGCCCCGUGAACGUACCGACCGCACCUUCCGAUCGAAAGUUGCUGUGGUGCAGCGCGCUGCUGACAGGGGCACUAGGAACCCCUGGUUCGAUUACUGCAUGUCUGUCAUCAUAAUCGCAAACUGUAUGGUUAUCGGGCUUGAGAUCCAAAUGGGCAGCGACAGCGAAGCAGAACCGUCUCCAACGUUUCAAGCGCUCGAGAAUGUUUUUCUGGUGACAUAUGUGUUAGAGCUUUCGAUGCGCAUCAUAGGUGACUGGUCAGGUUGCCUCGGGAGCUUGUGGUUUCGGAUAGACCUCGCCCUCGUCGCCUUUGGCGUGCUGACGACAUGGGUGAUGGAGCCGCUUCUUCGCAGAAUAGGCGCCAUCGGUGUCCUCAAGAAGGUGUUGGUCAUUCGCAUUCUGCGACUGCUGCGCCUGGUGCGUGCCCUCCGCUUUCUGAGGAUGAUGCGGCCGCUGUGGGCGCUGGUCAAAAGCCUGGCGGGGGCAAAUGGCCCAGUAAUGUCGGGCCUGGUGCUGCUGCUCGGGGCCAAGUACGUGUUCGCGUGUGUCGGGGUGGUCCUCAUCGGUAGCGACCAGGACUUGCUCUCCGACCCCGUGGCCGGGCCCAUCGUGGCAGAUCAUUUCGGGUCGAUCCCAGUGUUGAUGUUGACGCUGACGCGGUUCACUUUUUGCGACGCCAUCGCCCAGAUCUACGAACCUAUAGUUCUCGCGAAGCCUGUCAUGAUAUUAUACUUUCUGCCGAUCUUGCUCUUGGUGCCUAUCGCGCUCAUGAACCUGAUCACAGCCGUGCAUGUCAACCACGCCAUCAAAGUUUCCACUCAAGACGCAGAAUUGGAGCGCAUCUCCCUGAAGGGCAGAUUGCAGAGGCUGAUACCACUUCUGUCCAAGAUCUUCAGGCAGCUCGAUGUCCACAACCAAGGGUUUGUUUCUUUCCACGAGAUCGAUCUAACGAAUAUGACUAUGCCCUUGCCGCCCGAGGUACAGCGCGCGCUCAAGUCUUACAAACUUGAAGAUUUCUUCAAGCUGCUCGACGCAGAUGCGUCUGGACACAUAACUCAAUCGGAGUGGGUCGACGGCCUCUGCUGCUUGAUUCUGGACGAAGUGCCAAUCGAGACCAUGCAGAUGCUGCACAUGCUCAAUCGGCUGGAUAAUAAUAUUGAGGUCCUUAGGUGUGCCUUGCUUGAUGCUGGACACGGUGUAACGGCCGCUGAUGGACGGUAAUUCGGUCAGUGUCCCAACAGGGCGCCGUUCGAGACCUCAUUAGUAGCUGUUCGCAUUGGGCCGUUCAUGCCCUGAGAUUAAGCUGAUCCUCACCAUCGUCCCCGAACGGCGCGAGUUGCUUGUGAACUCGACGUGUAGUGAAUGCUUCGAGUGUUGAGCUGAUCUUAGGGCACAGUCCCGAUAAGCUUCUCUCUACCUGACAGCCUGUUCAGGCGCCCGCUUCUCACAGCUGGAGUUGUGGCCACAGACCUGAUGUAUUUUGGAUUUCGCGGGUAUUGACCUUGCGUAUCCUCCAACUCUCUCUCUCUCUCGGAUGCCGGCUUGCGCAUAUGCCUGAGCCGGUCAAACGCUUGUUGUUUCACCGAUGCUUUUUUUGGAUAAGGCCUGUGCAAAUGCCUGGUCUGCAAAUGCCCCUAAUCAUUGAAACACUCCUCUCGGCCCCUCGAGCCGUCGUGGACGGGGUACGUUGCAUCUUCGGGGGACCUCGCCUGUCCCUAAAGUUGGUGCCGUUUCUUGUGCCCGACACGGGCUCGACGCGGAUUUGGCGUGGAUUCGACGCGGAUUCGACACAGAUGCGACACGGAUCCGACCAGGCCGACAUGGAUUCGACACGGAUUCGACAAUAUGGCAGCCACUUUUAAGCGUUCCGCUUGCAUGGAUGCGUUUAUUUGUGCCCUGAACGCCCCUCGUGUUUCAGAAAUUGCUGACCCAGCAGCCGUGUUCGUGGCCCGCUUGGGGGUCACUGCUCGGCGGCACCCCAAGCUUGCAGCGGCUUGGACUGAACGUCGCAUGCUUUCCUCUCGGCGCCUGGCGGGGGGGGGGGCCCAGCAUAGUGGAGCGCUGCCGCUGCGAGCGCCUGGCACUCCCCGCGGCAGGUGGGUGCUCGCAGAUUUUGAGACGCAAACACCCCCCCGCCAGGACGAGAGCCGUACUGCUCGUCGCCGCAGACGAUCGCUUGUAAAAACAAUCAACACAACACCCAGCGAGGAUUGGCUAACAAAAAGAGCCACCUAAAAUAACACA